UAAGCAACUAAAGGAAAAAGUAAAUAUUUUCUUCAAUGAAUAAUACGCUGACUUUUAAAUUCUACCCCCUAGUUGGUAUUUGGUUUUCAUACCUGUGUAAUUUUGUAAACUAAGCAUAAUCGUUUUGAUUUAUUUUUGUGAGGGGGAGGAAUCUGGACUGAAUUAUGGUAUUUCCAUGAAUGUCACUAAUAAUUUCAAAUCCAUGAACUUAGAUAAGGAGUGAGAAAAGGCAAAAUGGAGCCUGUGGUUUUCUCAUUAAAUGGCAUUGUGUGUUGCAAACAUGGUUUAGAGUCUUGUUUUGUUUAAUAUGGGUGUGUGAUUUCUAGACACAGAGGGUUGUUUAAAAAGAUAGGAUAUAUGCCCUGUGAGUCUCUUUUACUUCAAAUGGCAGGAUUAAUAUUCAUGUAACAGUACACACGGUGCACAGCUGUGGGAUUUUAGAGUUCUGUUUUCCAUUCCCAUAAACUAGCCAGUUUUAGGACCUCUGCUUAAUCACACUGACCACUGCAACUCAGAUUAUGAAUUUUACAACUAAUGCCACAACGCCAAUUUUCCUACAGCAUUUCUCACCCUCUUCCCUUCACUCUGAAUCCCCCUUCCCCUUUGCCUCCUGGCAAUAUUCAAAUAGGACAGAGAAUGCUUGAUUUCAGAAAGAAAUGAAAAUACAUCUGUUGCCAUUGCAACAGAUAAGCAACCAGACGGCCCUUUUCAACUGGGAGCAAUUUUAGGCAUUAUUCCCUUUAAUGGUGAGUAAAUGGUUAUUUUUUUAGUUUUUGUUAAUUUGUGAUGCCCCCAACUGCUCUCUCUCAUCUGAUCAAGGGCAUUCCUGAACAUGCGGACACCCCAGUCUGGGAAAAUAAGUGACACAAAACUGAUGAGGGUCUGCCAGCUGUCCUAAUGAGCAGAAGGCAAAAACAUGAAAGAGCAACAAGGUGCAGGGGUCACAGAAUACACAACACAGAGGAGCUCCACCACGAAUCUGUCUCAUGUCAUCCUUGCUGCUUAACCGCCCAGGGUGAGUGAAUACUCCAUUCCUAGCCUGGAGAGAAAAAAUGAGUUGAUGUGAAAAGAAGCAUCAGCCUUCCCUUCCCAAGAGUCCUCCUCUGCCCUACCGCCACAGAACAGGCCCUGGAAGGCACUUAAUUGCUGAUGGGGAUGGCACAGCUAGAAUCACCUUGGGAGCUUUUAAAUAUCCUGAUUCCCAGGCCAGAGACAGGCCAAUUAAAUUAAACUCUGAGGAAUAUCACCAUUUAAAAGAGAGAGAAAGAGAAAAAAGGAUCCAGGUAACUCCAGUGUGCAGCCAAGUCUAAGACCCAGUGGGCCAGUCGGAGCAAGCUGGAGAAGAAAUAAGUGCGGCGUCUGAUGAGGAGAUGAAGCUCCGUUCUCCCCAAGGAUACUAGGAGAGAGUUGUUGUUGCAAAGGGAAGAAAGGGAAGAAAGGCAGCAGGAGGAACAAAGUUGCCCCCUUCCAGUCUUUUUCUAAGUCAACUGGAGUCUCCAUCCACCCAGUGCAGGUAACCCAGGGUCCCACCUGCAGCUCGGGUGCAGGGAGGUGGGUACCCAGGUCUGGGGGAUUGAGGAGGAGUGCGGUGACCGCCAGGAGCACUACCCAGCGGAGCAUCAGUAGCUUCAGGCGUGGGCCCUGCACUCCCCAGAGAAGGCGGCGGCUGCAGAGUGGAGAGCAAUUUGGGGGCGCAAAAGAAAGCUGGCUCGCGCACAGGUGGCGCUCGCAGCCCCAGCCCACUGUUGAGCCAAUCGCGGGCGCAAGCGCAGCCUGGUGGCGGCGGCGGUAACGGAGCGCCGGGCUCUGGCAGCAGCCGGCAGAGGCAAAGGCGGCGCCAACCGAGAGCCGCGCGCAGGCUGGAGGGAGGCCCGCGGCGAAAAGCCGGCGAGAGUGCUCGGCGCUGGGUGGUUUCCCGGUCGAGGGAGGCGAACUUCUCAUGGGGAAGAAGUGGAGGGAUGCAGCGGAAAUGGAGCGGGGCUGCUCGGACCGCGAGGACAGCGCGGAGAGCCGCAGGCGCAGCCGGAGCGCCAGCCGGGGCAGGUUUGCCGAGUCGUGGAAAAGGUUAAGUUCCAAGCAGGGGUCCACCAAGCGCUCGGGACUCCAGUCUCAGCAGACGCCGGCUCAGAAAUCCUGGAUAGAAAGAGCAUUUUAUAAAAGAGAAUGUGUCCACAUCAUACCCAGCACCAAAGACCCCCAUAGGUGUUGCUGUGGGCGUCUGAUAGGCCAGCAUGUUGGCCUCACUCCCAGUAUCUCUGUGCUUCAGAAUGAGAAAAAUGAAAGCCGCCUCUCCCGAAAUGACAUCCAGUCCGAAAAGUGGUCCAUCAGCAAACACACUCAACUCAGCCCUACCGAUGCUUUUGGGACCAUUGAGUUCCAAGGAGGCGGCCAUUCCAACAAAGCCAUGUAUGUGCGAGUAUCUUUUGAUACAAAACCUGAUCUCCUCUUACACCUGAUGACCAAGGAAUGGCAAUUGGAGCUUCCCAAGCUUCUCAUCUCUGUCCAUGGGGGCCUGCAGAACUUUGAACUGCAGCCAAAACUCAAGCAAGUCUUUGGGAAAGGGCUCAUCAAAGCAGCUAUGACAACUGGAGCGUGGAUAUUCACUGGAGGAGUUAACACAGGUGUUAUUCGUCAUGUUGGAGACGCCUUGAAGGAUCAUGCAUCUAAGUCUCGAGGAAAGAUAUGCACCAUAGGUAUUGCCCCUUGGGGAAUUGUGGAAAACCAGGAAGAUCUCAUUGGAAGAGAUGUUGUCCGGCCAUACCAGACCAUGUCCAAUCCCAUGAGCAAGCUCACUGUUCUCAACAGCAUGCAUUCCCACUUCAUUCUGGCUGACAAUGGGACCACUGGAAAAUAUGGAGCAGAGGUGAAACUUCGGAGACAACUGGAAAAGCAUAUUUCACUCCAGAAGAUAAACACAAGAAUCGGUCAAGGUGUCCCCGUGGUGGCGCUCAUAGUGGAAGGAGGACCCAAUGUGAUCUCGAUUGUUUUGGAGUACCUUCGAGACACCCCUCCCGUGCCGGUGGUUGUCUGUGAUGGGAGUGGACGGGCAUCUGACAUCCUGGCCUUUGGGCAUAAAUACUCAGAAGAAGGCGGACUGAUAAAUGAAUCUUUGAGGGACCAGCUGUUGGUGACCAUACAGAAGACUUUCACAUACACUCGAACCCAAGCUCAGCAUCUGUUCAUCAUCCUCAUGGAGUGCAUGAAGAAGAAGGAAUUGAUUACGGUAUUUCGGAUGGGAUCAGAAGGACAUCAGGACAUUGAUUUAGCUAUCCUGACAGCUUUACUCAAAGGAGCCAAUGCCUCGGCCCCAGACCAACUGAGCUUAGCGUUAGCCUGGAACAGAGUCGACAUCGCUCGCAGCCAGAUCUUUAUUUAUGGGCAACAGUGGCCGGUGGGAUCUCUGGAGCAAGCCAUGUUGGAUGCCUUAGUUCUGGACAGAGUGGAUUUUGUGAAAUUACUCAUAGAGAAUGGAGUAAGCAUGCACCGUUUUCUCACCAUCUCCAGACUAGAAGAAUUGUACAAUACGAGACAUGGGCCCUCAAAUACAUUGUACCACUUGGUCAGGGAUGUGAAAAAGCGAGAGUAUCCAGGUUUCGGUUGGAUCUAUUUUAAGGGGAACCUGCCCCCAGACUACAGAAUCAGCCUGAUUGACAUCGGCCUGGUGAUCGAGUACCUGAUGGGCGGGGCUUAUCGCUGCAACUACACGCGCAAGCGCUUCCGGACCCUCUACCAUAACCUCUUCGGCCCCAAGAGGCCCAAAGCCUUGAAACUGCUGGGAAUGGAGGAUGAUAUUCCCCUGAGGCGAGGAAGAAAAACAACCAAGAAACGUGAAGAAGAGGUGGACAUUGACUUGGAUGAUCCUGAGAUUAACCACUUCCCCUUCCCUUUCCACGAGCUCAUGGUGUGGGCUGUCCUCAUGAAGCGGCAGAAGAUGGCCCUGUUCUUCUGGCAGCAUGGUGAGGAGGCCAUGGCCAAGGCCCUGGUGGCCUGUAAGCUCUGCAAAGCCAUGGCUCACGAGGCCUCUGAGAACGACAUGGUUGACGACAUUUCCCAGGAGCUGAAUCACAAUUCCAGAGACUUCGGCCAGCUGGCUGUGGAGCUCUUGGACCAGUCCUACAAGCAGGAUGAACAGCUGGCCAUGAAAUUGCUGACGUAUGAGCUGAAGAACUGGAGCAACGCCACGUGCCUGCAGCUUGCCGUGGCUGCCAAACACCGCGACUUCAUCGCUCACACGUGCAGCCAGAUGCUGCUCACUGACAUGUGGAUGGGCCGGCUGCGCAUGCGCAAGAACUCAGGCCUCAAGGUAAUUCUGGGAAUUCUACUUCCUCCUUCAAUUCUCAGCUUGGAGUUCAAGAACAAAGACGACAUGCCCUACAUGUCUCAGGCCCAGGAAAUCCAGCUCCAAGAGAAGGAGGCGGAAGAACCAGAGAAGCCCAUGAAGGAAAAAGAUGAAGAGGACAUGGAGCUCACAGCAAUGCUGGGACGAAACAACGGGGAGUCCUCCAGGAAGAAGGAUGAAGAGGAAGUUCAGAGCAGGCACCGGUUAAUCCCCCUCGGCAGGAAAAUCUAUGAAUUCUACAAUGCACCCAUCGUGAAGUUCUGGUUCUACACACUGGCGUAUAUCGGAUACCUGAUGCUUUUCAACUAUAUCGUGUUAGUGAAGAUGGAACGCUGGCCGUCCACCCAGGAAUGGAUCGUCAUCUCCUAUAUUUUCACCCUGGGAAUAGAAAAGAUGAGAGAGAUUCUGAUGUCAGAGCCAGGGAAGUUGCUGCAGAAAGUGAAGGUGUGGCUGCAGGAGUACUGGAAUGUCACGGACCUCAUUGCCAUCCUUCUGUUCUCUGUCGGAAUGAUCCUUCGUCUCCAAGACCAGCCCUUCAGGAGUGAUGGGAGGGUCAUCUACUGUGUGAACAUCAUUUACUGGUACAUCCGUCUCCUGGACAUCUUUGGCGUGAACAAGUAUUUGGGCCCAUAUGUAAUGAUGAUUGGAAAAAUGAUGAUAGACAUGAUGUACUUUGUCAUCAUUAUGCUGGUGGUGCUGAUGAGCUUUGGGGUCGCCAGGCAAGCCAUUCUUUUUCCCAAUGAGGAACCAUCAUGGAAACUGGCCAAGAACAUCUUCUACAUGCCCUAUUGGAUGAUUUAUGGGGAAGUGUUUGCGGACCAGAUAGACCGUAAGCAAGUUUAUGAUUCUCAUACACCAAAGUCAGCUCCCUGUGGACAGAAUGAGACCCGAGAGGAUGGUAAAAUAAUCCAGCUUCCUCCUUGCAAGACAGGCGCUUGGAUCGUGCCAGCCAUCAUGGCCUGCUACCUCUUAGUGGCAAACAUCUUGCUGGUCAACCUCCUCAUUGCUGUCUUUAACAAUACAUUUUUUGAAGUAAAAUCAAUAUCCAACCAAGUGUGGAAGUUUCAGAGGUAUCAGCUCAUCAUGACUUUCCAUGAAAGGCCAGUUCUGCCCCCACCACUGAUCAUCUUUAGCCACAUGACCAUGAUAUUCCAGCACCUGUGCUGCCGAUGGAGGAAACAUGAGAGCGACCCGGAUGAAAGGGACUACGGCCUGAAACUCUUCAUAACUGAUGACGAGCUCAAGAAAGUACAUGACUUUGAAGAGCAGUGCAUAGAAGAAUACUUCAGAGAAAAGGAUGAUCGGUUCAAUUCAUCCAAUGAUGAGAGGAUACGGGUGACUUCGGAAAGGGUGGAGAACAUGUCCAUGCGGCUGGAGGAAGUCAACGAGAGGGAGCACUCCAUGAAGGCUUCGCUCCAGACUGUGGACAUCCGGCUGGCGCAGCUAGAAGACCUCAUCGGGCGCAUGGCCACGGCCCUGGAGCGCCUGACAGGUCUGGAGCGGGCUGAGUCCAACAAAAUCCGCUCGAGGACCUCCUCAGAUUGCACGGACGCAGCCUACAUUGUCCGCCAGAGCAGCUUCAACAGCCAGGAAGGGAACACCUUCAAGCUCCAGGAGAGUAUAGACCCUGCAGGUGAGGAGACCAUGUCCCCAACUUCUCCAACCUUAAUGCCCCGUAUGCGAAGCCAUUCUUUCUAUUCAGUCAAUAUGAAAGACAAAGGUGGUAUAGAAAAGUUGGAAAGUAUUUUUAAAGAAAGGUCCCUGAGCCUACACCGGGCUACUAGUUCCCACUCAGUAGCAAAAGAACCCAAAGCUCCUGCAGCCCCUGCCAACACCUUGGCCAUUGUUCCUGACUCCAGAAGACCAUCAUCGUGUAUAGACAUCUAUGUCUCUGCUAUGGAUGAGCUCCACUGUGAUAUAGACCCUCUGGACAAUUCCAUGAAUAUCCUUGGGCUGGGUGAGCCAAGCUUUUCAACUCCAGUACCUUCCACAGCCCCUUCAAGUAGUGCCUAUGCAACUCUUGCACCCACAGACAGACCUCCAAGCCGCAGCAUUGAUUUCGAGGACAUCACCUCCAUGGACGCUAGAUCUUUUUCUUCAGACUAUACCCACCUCCCAGAAUGCCAAAACCCCUGGGACUCAGACCCUCCAAUGUACCACACCAUUGAGCGCUCCAAAAGCAGCCGCUACCUAGCCACUACACCCUUUCUUCUAGAAGAGGCUCCCAUUGUGAAAUCUCAUAGCUUUAUGUUUUCUCCUUCAAGGAGCUAUUAUGCCAACUUCGGGGUGCCUGUGAAAACAGCAGAAUAUACAAGUAUUACAGACUGUAUUGACACGAGAUGUGUCAAUGCCCCUCAAGCAAUUGCAGACAGAGCUGCCUUCCCUGGAGGUCUUGGAGACAAAGUGGAGGACUUAUCUUGCUGCCAUCCCGAGCGAGAAGCAGAACUGAGUCACCCCAGCUCUGACAGUGAGGAGAAUGAGGCCAAAAGCCGCAGAGCCACCAUUGCGAUAUCCUCCCAGGAGGGUGAUAACUCAGACAGAACCCUGUCCAACAACAUCACUGUCCCCAAGAUAGAGCGUGCCAACAGCUACUCAGCAGAGGAGCCAAGCGCACCAUAUGCACACACCAGGAAGAGCUUCUCCAUCAGUGACAAACUCGACAGGCAGCGGAACACAGCAAGCCUGCGAAAUCCCUUCCAGAGAAGUAAGUCCUCCAAGCCGGAGGGCCGAGGGGACAGCCUGUCCUUGAGGAGACUGUCCAGAACAUCAGCUUUCCAAAGCUUUGAAAGCAAGCACCACUAAACCUUCUUAAUAUCCGUCACAGGAGGCUCAAGAAUCCAGCCCUAAAAUUCUCUCCAACUCCAGCUUUUCCCCCAUCCUUGAAUCAUACCUGCUUUAUUCUUAGCUGAGCAAAACAAGCAAUGCUUUGGGAGGUGUUAACUCAAAGGUGACUUCUGGGCCACAGAUCAAGAAAGCAUUUGAUCUGACCCAGUGCCAGACACAGGGGAUUUAAGGCAUGUUCACACUUGCUGGUCAGGGAGGGGGAAGAGAGGUAGAAGGAAGGGUUAGAGAUGAAUGUGUAUAAGCAGUCACGGCAGGAAGCCAUAAGAGAGGGGGAAACAAGGGGCUUCGAGCACGAUCCAUGCCAGGAGGCAUCUGUUGAUUUCUGACCAUUAUUGAGAGUUGUAGGAUGCAGGGCUAAAUUGCGAAAUAAAAUAACAUAGCCAGCGUACAAAAUGAGAUAUUCUAAACUUCCAUUCUGUUUUCUUUUCACAUUGGCUCCAUCACUGGUGACUGAUGAAGAGCAUCCUCUUUAUUCAGUAUAAGCCGGCAGCAAGCAGUUCUACCUAACGUCCCACAUCCUUCUCAUGCCAACACUUCUGUAAUUGAUCAUUAUAAAGAAAAAAACAAGGUAACAGUCAUAGUUCACCUGUCUCUUUAUCUAUUCACUUCUGGUGCCACAACUGUUUAUCCUUUUUGGAAGAAAAUAAGGGAACAGAAAUGCCUUUUUGUAUUGCAAUCGAAAUGAAAGAAGAGUUGAUGUUAAAAGACAAAAGUCAAGUGAUUUAUUAUAUACAGUGGGUGUUCAAGUCUAGUCGAGCAAGCUCAGGAUCAGGAUGAAUGUAAUUAAAUAAUUUUAUAUUUUUUAAUUUAUUUUGUAUCUCACCUGCCAUCAAAGAAUUCAUUCACUGACUAUGUAAUACUGAACUUAAAAAAAAAGGAAAAAAGCAGUGGACGGAACUAGCCUGAAAUUGCCAUGUGGGAUAUUCUGUUCUCACUGUUCAUGUGAUGUGUUGUACUGCUGUGUGACCGUCAUCAUUUGCAUGGCUCCACCAUGUCCUCCUGAACACCUCUAAGACGUAACUGCCAAUUUUUCACACCACUCAUCACAUGACCAUUUUGUAUAUGAAUCUAUGGUUAUAUGUGGAUAUUUUCAUACCUAGAGUUUUGCCAUCUAAUCUGAGCUCAGCAUAAAUUUAAUUGGAGUUUUUUAAGGGCUGGUAUCUUUUCUAUGGAAAUGUUCCAAAGUACUUUUUAAGGAAGUUUCAAAACUAUAAAUAACCUUAGAAUUGACUGGGAAUUUGGUAUCAACCCAAAGCCAUCAGUUGCAAGCAUACCAUGAAUAUUUUUCUUAUAGACAGAGCUAUAAAAAAAGAUACAGUAGACAAAAAUAGAAAGCAAAUAAACCAUAUAAAGAGUUCUAUAGUAUAUACCACUUAUACACAUGUAUAUGCAUUUAUGCAGAGACACAUAUUUAUAUAUAAAAUAAACAGACAUAAAGAGCUUUCUUAAGAGGCUUGGACUUUUCUAUCACCUUGAAGUAUAAUCAAGAUUUUUUUAAAACACAAGAAGUUCCAUUGAAAGAGUUCAUUAUACUAUUAGACCAAAUGUUGAAAUUAUGAUUUUUAAAACUUCUAUGACUUUCUCUCAUAUCAAACUAGAGUUGUCAAAAUGACUCACUCCUUGCCCUCUGCCCAUUUUUGUCCGAAAUCACUCCCUAUUGGGACAUCUUAUUUAUUCUGGCUUUUUCUAAACAAAGUUUUUACACCAAGUACAAUCUGAAUAGACAUGCAACUUUAAACCUGCUAGUGUUACAGACUCUACAGUUUAGGCAUAAGCUUCUAGAACAGAAUCUGGAUUGGAACUGGGAUAAAGAAAUCUUGACUGCAAAUCUUUGGAUUCCUAUUUGGCUCACUGAUGUUUAAAAUAGAAUAAAGCCUUUAAGGAAAACGACCUAUUGUUCCUGGCCUGAGGUACCACCUAAUUCUUUUUUUUAAUUAUAAUUGCAAACACCAAGUUUUACUUCAUUUUGUGAAAUCAAGUAAACAUAUAGAUUAAGUCUCUUCCUUUAAAUGUAAGAUAAAAUAAAAACUCUUCUGAAUAAGCAUUUCAACUCUAAAAAGUGUGAUGAAGUCACAUAUGUAAAGAAUUAAACAAUUCCUUUUUCUCUCCUUGGCAUUUAGGUGAAUUGGUAACAGACACCCAGACUCCCUCAUUUACAGUUGUUCUAGGAACACUUAACAUUUUACUGGGCCCCAUAUUGGCUAUUUCCAUUCCAGCAAACAUGCACAGGGUCUGAGAAUAAAUCAGUUGAUCUUAAACUUCCUUGAGUCAUGAAUCCCUAUGAGGAUCUGAUGAAAACUCUAGGCCCUCUCUCCAGAAAAAAAAAAAAAAAUGUACAUGCAUGCAAAGUUGCAAUAUAACUUGAAAGGGUUCAUGAGCCCCUGGUUCCAUAUUGAUUGAUAAUGAGGAAAAGGAACCAUGUUUGCUUAUAAUUAAUACAGUUAUAAUAGGCACUUUACAUUUGAGACCAUCUCUCUGUGAUUCUCAGGAAGGCCUAAUCUCAGCACUGGAGUUUGAACCAAGAUUAUGUUAUUUUUGUUCUUUAAAUUAGAUGUUGCUAGUUCAAUGCACUUAUAUCCUAACAUGUUGAGGAUUUUAAGUAUCAAGCACAAUCAAAAGCUGAAGCCUCCCUGAAGGGUCUAUAGAGGAAUCGAAGAAGGAGGUGAAACCAUUAUUCAUUGACAUCAAACACACACCUCCAGAGCCUCAUCCUGGGCCUGAUUGGAAGUGAGGGAAAGGCAUUUUGAGUGCAAGUGUUGCCAUUCAUUGUGAUUUAGGAGAGAAAAGUAUAGGAACUGGGAAACUAAAUACUCAACAGUCCUAAUCUUGCAAUUACCUGGUUCUUUUGCUGUGCAUGAAAAUUAAAUUCUAACAUCUGUGAAACGUGUGAAAUAUAUAAGCCAAAUUUAAAUGACUGUAGACACGAACUGUGUAACUUCCAUGGGCCAUUUCUUUCCUGUGCACAUACAUGUGUGUUCUUUUUCAGUCCCUUUCUUUCCAUUUCCGGGUUCUCUGUGCACCGAUGUGGCAUUGAUUCUGUGGCCUUGUGCAGUCAGCUUAUGCUCAGCCCAUUGAUUCCACCACAUCCCUGAUCAAGGGGACGUUAAUUACCUGUCUUUGUGAAUUAAGCAGUUUAUGAGCAGCAAGUUAUUGAGGACUGUAAAUAAAGUCAUAAAGAGCUCAAGGAAGUAAUAGCUGUGGUUUAAUCAUCUGCUUCAAAGGUGCCAAUUUUUAUAUACUACUAUAUGUAAUGAUUUGUUCUAAAUUGCUUGUUCCUAUUGAAAAAAAAAUUAAGGAUGUUUUAUGAAAAUGACCGUGGAGGUCUCCUGCUUAACCAAUAGACUUUAUAUUUAUAGUUAGAGGGCCCCUCCUUGAUAGAUUUGAAUGAGUAGCUGGAAUGCUUGGGUACAACUGACAUAACUAGUUUGUGUUAUUUCUGCAAGCCAAAAGGUGUAUUAGCAGUCAGAAUGCAGCACUUUACAGAACUGGAUUUUUCUAAAUGUCUACGUUUCCAGGUCUAGGAUAUUAUUUAGCACUUUGAGAGUUCCCCUUUUAAAAUUUAUAUAUAAGAAUAAUCAAAUGAGAAAAAUGUACUUAUAAGAACACAAAAUGUGUUUCUUCUGAAUGUUUCAAAUGUAUUCUAAAAUAUGGUUUCUAUAGAUAAUAUUAUGGUAGAUAACUGGAUAGUACUUUUUUUUUAACUUUCUAGUCUGUACAGUCUACCUGAAUGUUUGGGCUGUCUAAUUUCUUUAAAGAUGAUAAAUAUUAUCCAUUCAUCCAUCAUGCUCUAUCUGUAGGCUAUACCAUUCAUAUGUUGGGCAAUGCUGUACUACAAAACACAUGGAAACAUGUAUGUAACCCAUGUUUAACCCAGCAUAGUUGUAGCAUGUGGUUGUAUUAAUGAACGUUACAGGCCAGCUUUAUAAUCAUUUAUAACUCUGUAACAUUCAAUAAAGAGGCACAUGUUACAGUGAUUCAUCAUGUUCCCAAUUCCAUGUUAUUUAGCAUCUUUGUGAACUGGGCAUUUUUGUUCCUGAUCUGCUUGAUGCUUUUCAUGUUCCUGUAGAUCACUGUAAAAUAUGUGUGUAAGCUGAUAUAUCUCCUCUAAUGAGUCCUGCUGUGGUAGGCAAGUUGUGAUUUUGUGAAAGAUGAACUGGCAUGUUAUGCAAAAAGUCUUUUGCAAAAGUCUAUGACAAAUGAACUUAAAAUGAUAUUUUAAACUCCAGUUGAGUUAGCUGUUUGUUUACAUCUGCUAACCCCAUGCAGAAGCAGUGUACAGUAUUUUAUAAAUAUGUUCAUUUAGUAACACUAUGUUGUUUCUAGAUAAAGUGAUGCUAGUGUGUAGGUGGUUAUAUACUUGGCCUAGAUAUUGCAUUAUAACUCACUAUCCUUUAACAAUAACAAUGUGACUUAAAUGAAGUAAUCGCUCUCAAAAACCCAGUCUUAAUUUUGCGUCGACAAAAUGCAUGAACUGGUUUAUGCGUUUCUUUUGACUUUUCUAAGGCACUUAACAUUUUACUGUUGCCUGCUGUGACACUUAAGCCGGUUAGGAAUUUACUCAAAGGGUUGGGCUUCUUACUAUGGGGAUUAUGUUCAGUUUUUAAAAAUUAAAAACAAAAAAAAAGUAACCAAGGGAUUUUUAAAUCUUUUUUUUUUUGAAGUACUGAACAAAUAAUAUGAAAUAAAGUAUUAACUGCAGGUUGUAUAGCCAUGGGACCCAGAGAUGGCAAGCCAACGCCUCAUGGGUCUGUCGAGGUCUAGGUGUUGUGCAUCUGUGAUAUAUGCAAGACACAUUUCUGAUUCUUUAGAGCUGCUGGGUGCAAAUUGCCAAGCUAGAGAUGAGAGUGCAAAGUCCAUUUGUGAGAAUGCACAAGUGCGCAGAUCGCUGUGAAUGUGUGAUCCAAUGAUACAAGAGACCUCCCUCCUUGUCUUGUAGCUUCCUCACUUUGGGGGUGAGCCUAGGCUGGGGGCAGGUGGCGUGGGUUUGGGUGUCUGAUCAAGCACUGGGUGAUUCUAAAGAGUUUACUUUUUUAGAAAAUCACCGUUACUAGAAGCCAUUCAACAUCUGGAAAAGAGAGGAGCCAAUUUGCACAGUUUUGUAAAUGACUGCUCCUAAAAUGAGUAGAGAAAAACUUUUCUCUCAGCCUGCAUUGACCUAAGCGUUCUCCUUUUUACAAGUCGAAUAUUGUCUCUAAGAUUGGAGUCAACUAAAGGGAAAGGCUGGUUCCAAUUUAAGAAAAGCAAUUUUUUUCUUUAAUUCCUCUCAGAAGGUAGUUGUAUUACCUUUUCUCUGAUGAUUUCCUUGCACUCUUCACUGCUAAUGAAAGCAACAUGUGACCAUUUCUACGGGUCGUCGAAGAGAGGAUUUUGGUGACCAGGUAAUCCAGAUGGCGAUAAGAGUGAGGUGAAUUUUCCCUUCCUUACAUUACCUAGCCUACCGGCCUCCUUAAACCUACAGGCCCCUGUGUAUUUGCACAACGUUUGUGUGCUGGAAACUGAAAAGACAUGUGUAUGGCUACAAGUCCAUAGGCUUUGUAAAGAGCAUCAAUGUCAAUGAGGACCCAUGCCUUCCUCUGGAGGAGGCAAGUGGCUGAGACCUGUGGGACAAAGAGGGAAAUACAGCCUCGUGCUUGGACGUGCGGCUUUCUUCCUCCCCUCUGCUUGAUUCUCUUCUCUUAGUCCAAGACUGGCUGCUUUUUCACCAGACCAACAGACCCUUGCCCCCAUUGCCUUUAGACCUUGUUGGCCCUGGCUCAGUAAGCUGAAACAGCAGCCACUUGGAAAAAGCCAAACAUUUUGACUUUGUCCCAGGCCUGAUCUUCCCACUGACUUAGCCUCCUCCUGCCUCCACCCCAUGCUCCUAAUACAGCUGGUGUUCUCAUCCACCCCAUCCAAUGUUUGUCUCUCUAAGUCUCAAGAGCCCUACACAUCUUCACUGCAGCUUCCCACACAUCUUUAAAACCAGCCAUCUGCACCUAGAUUGAGAGGCUGCAAAUUCAAAUACAUGGAGGGGCCAGAUCCAUAACACACAAAUGUGUGAAUGGGACUGGUGAAAGUCAGCAGAAGAAGCAGGGUUUGUAGAUAAGCCGUGAGAGAAUACACAUCGCACCACAAAGACAUUCAAAUUCAGCUUCCCAAACAGUGUGCUAGCCAAACAAACAUGUCUGCCAGCAGCAUUCAGUCCCAAAGGCAAUAGUUUGGGACCUCUGAUUUAGAGCCAACAGGAUCAGAUUCUUGAUUGUGACUUGGUGAGUGUACACACAAAAUACACUGAGAACUGAAAGGGGGGAAAAAGAAACUUGCCUUAUUCAGAGUUACUCUUGUUCUGAAUGAUACCUGCAUGUAUAUUUGUUAGCCACAUAAAUCUGAACUUGAACACAGAAUCUUUGUGAGAGAGAUUCAGAAGAAGAGUACAACAGAUGGGAUGAAGACUUGCCUGCUUCCUAUCACACCGCAUCUGACCUGAGUUUAUAUUGCUGCUACUGCUGUGCAAAACCAGUACAUGCAACAUACUGUACUCACAGCCAUUUCAUCAUAUAGGACCUAGACUCUCAUUUGUAAACGUUCUAACCCUAGUUUAUAAUGGGGGAAAUUAUUCAGAUAUCAUUUUUAAAUGAAUUCCUACAAAUACAAUGGUUUUGAAAUUGGGUUUGCUAAGUAUAUAUACAUCUUUUCCUUCUUUGUGUAUGGAUAGACCAUGGUUUGCAUAUCUAUCGACACUAUAAAUAUAUAUAAAUCCUUAGAAGAAUUGUUUUUUUAAAGGUAUCAUUGGAUUCACAAUGCACUUUGAGCUUGAUUGUUUAGAUAUAUAAUUCAAAGCAGAAGUUGGCAGAUACCACAGGAAAAACUUUCUGAAAUUUCUGUAACAAAUGUUUUGCAAUAAAAAAAAAAAACCUCAGUAGUUUAAAACA